GCUAAGGCCCCCAGGUCGGCUGACGUCCCGUAUAAAAGGGGACGGAAGUCCUCUCGUGAGCAUGAAGGCUCUGCAACUUCACGGUCACUACCUCCACUCUGAUUAAUGGGCGAUUCGUUAUGUCACGUUUUUUGGGUAGCAAAUUUUGGAGUUUUCGUCUCUGGUUUCCCGCUUCGCCAAUUAUUCUUUACACAACUACCUCCAGGAGCAGCCUCGAUGAGAUAAAAAAUGAUUAUACACUUGAUGCAGUUACUCGGAUUCAAGCCAAGUCAAACCGUCAUGAUGAAAUAUUGAAAGCCGCAGAAGACUUUAUCUCAUUCGCGAAUAGUGGGCCGUCUGUGUAUCAUGUUGUCGACACGAUCAAGAAACAACUAAAGCCUCACGGCUUUGUGGAGCUCGACGAAAAGGAAGACUGGGAAGGGGUGAUUCGUCCCGGCGGAAAGUACUACGUAAGACGGACAGGUUCAAGUGGAAGCUCAAUCAUCGCGUUCGCAGUAGGAAAAUCGUGGAAGCCUGGCAACCCCUUCUCAAUCAUAGCGUCACACGUCGACUCGCCAUGUCUUAAAAUCAAACCCGUGAGCGAUCGCCAGUCCUCUGGUUUCCGACAGAUUGGAGUUGAAACCUAUGGCGGUGGACUCUGGCACACCUGGUUUGAUCGCGAUCUAGGCGCUGCCGGUCGCGUAUUUAUCCGUACAAGUCCAACAACCAUCGAGAGCAGGCUGAUACAGCUCCAUGAGCCGAUAUUACGAAUUCCAUGUAUCGCAUCACACUACGAGCAACAGAACCCUUUCAAGUUUGACGUGGAGUCUCACCUGGUUCCAGUUAUCUCGCAACAAAGCCAAGAGCCGAACGCUGAAGAACGCAAAACUAGUGCAAUAUACGAACAGGAAAUCGUAUGGUCUGAAAAUCAAUACGUCAUAACUUCAGCUUCAAAUAGGCAUCCGGAGCUUAUCGUAGACAAGAUAGCGGAGAAGCUGAAUGUUCAUCCAGAAAAUGUGAUAGACUUCGAUCUUAGCUUGUAUGAUUUACAGAAAGCUACGAUCGGUGGCCUAAAUAAUGAGUUUAUCUUCUCUGCGCGGAUAGACAAUCUAAUGAUGACCUUUUGCGGGCUUCGUGGAUUUGUGAAGUCUUUGGACGAUCCACAUGCACUUGACGAAGAGUCAGCUAUCCGCACGUUUGUGGCUUUUGACCACGAGGAAAUUGGAUCAACAGGACCCAUGUCCGCCCAGUCUACUUUUUUGCCCAGCAUUAUGCAGCGUCUUGCUGGCACGAAGUGUAGUCAAUCCAUAGCACGAUCGAUUCUCAUCUCCGCUGAUGUCAUCCACGCUGCGCAUCCCAACUACCACAAUUACCAUGAGAUCAACCACAAGCCACACCUCAACCAAGGAAUAGUCUUCAGCUCUAGUUCGCGUCGCUAUCUUGCCAAAUCUACGCCGUCAGUCAUUACGCUGCUGGAAACAAUAUGCAAGCUCCCCCCAAGGGAAGAUUCCGUCCGCGGUGAGAUCGAAUCUGAACCACCCAGAACCCAAUUUUUUGUGGCCCCCAAUGGAAGAGACUGCGGCAGCACGGUUGGCCCGCACCUCGAAGCGAAUUUAGGUAUCCGUGUCGUUGAGAUGGGUAAUUCGACGUUGAGCAUGCACAGCAUUCGUGAAAUGGCUGGCAGCACGGAUGUGGACAACGCGAUCAGGUUUUUUAGAUUGUUCUACCAGAAUUAUUCUUAUUUUGAGGAAUGGGUGACUGCAAGAUAGCAACGACAUAGAGAAGUCUAUGGCGUGAAAAGCCAUAGAACCGGUCAAGCAACUUAAAUCUUAUCAAGGCAUACCAAAACCACAUGCAAUACUCAUAGCAGACAAUACAAAAUGCCUUCUCGUGCGAAACCUAUUCAAAAAAA